UGGGUGAUUGCCCCGCGCAAGCAAGGCGGUCUCGAGUCGGCCCACAUGUCCAUGUCCCACGAGUACGGCGUCCUCAUCGAGGACGAGGGGAUCGCCCUCUGUGGGCUUCUCAUCAGAGUCGACCCUGUAGGGUGCCCUCAGCAAAUUACGAUCAACAACCUCCCCGUGGGCCGCUCCGUCGAGGGGAUCCGGCUCGUGAAGGCAUUCCAGUUCUCC